AGCGCGUAUUGCAUUGUUGGAAAUUCUUUCAAAAUGGCUGAUCCCUGUGAGGAAGUAUGAUCAGUGAAGGUCUCAAAUAAUGUUUUUCGUUUAAUUUCGCGUAUUUUCCAUCAAAACCACUAUCAAGGGUUUACUAAAGCUUUAAUUUCGUUAUGCGUGUUUAUAUUUCGUUUGGAUUGUGCUCUGUUACCUAUUUUCUAAGUGCAAUGUAGUUGUAAGUGUACUUUAUGUGGAAGAAGAUUUGUUCAUAUGAAUGUUUUUCGCAAAGUGCAAAGUAUAUAGGGGCGAUUCGUGUAAUAAUCGACGGAGGGAGCUCCGAAACCUUUAAAGAGGUAACUGCAGGGCUUUACAAUGGAGAAACCAAAGAAGCGGGAAUCCCCGAUAUCUACAUCGUCGGGAGGAAUCAAACCUGCAGAACCUCCCCCUUCCCAGGAGAUCUGUUUUGUUUGUGGUAACAGAGGACAUCCCCGGUCGUACCCCCUCAGCUCUAAACCUCGACAAGACCGGCCCAAGGAGCCCUACUUUUCGUUUCUGGACAGUCAUGAACCUCCCAAAGGCUAUUCAAAGAAUUGGGCGCUGGGGGACUCUUCGAUUUACGCGGCUUGUAGUCUGUGCUACCAGUUGCUGAUGCAGCAGUGGGAUCAGCACGAGUACGCCUCAAUACCCCAUUCCGAGAGGUUGUACUGGUUGAAAAGGGCCGACAACGGCCCCUACACCGGUGCUGACAUGGGCCUACAAGGCGAGUACGCUGCACAGAUGCUAGGAUUGAACACUGAAGGAAUACCACCACCGGGGAAUACCAGAACGGGGCCCAGGGAGGACAUUCACAGGGUUCGGGCUUCGCCUAGGCCUGUUUCGGCACCAGUGGCCUUACAAAUAGCUUCUGGUGGCCAAGAUCGAGACGAGAUGGUCCCUGAGGGGGCUCUGGACCUAACCCACCCCCAGCAACAAGUAUCUGUUCCUGUGCAGUCCGUCUCUGUACCGCCCAUUUUCCACAGUCAAAAUUCGAACUCGUCAACUGGGACGGACAUUUUGGACCUCAGCAUGCCCGAUAAGAAUUCAGUAACCGAGGUUUGUUACGUUUGCGGCGAUGAAUUCAAGAGGGGCAGUCUGGAUUUUAUAGCUUCUAAGCAAUCGCCGGACAACCCUUUGCAACCUUUUUUUCCUAGCUUGAUAGAACAUCCAAGACCAGCAAGGAGCAGGCCUAUCGAUUCGCAGGGCAGAGUGCAGGCCUGCGUCGACUGCCAGCAACAUCUUUUGAAACAGUGGCACACGUUUCAAGGUCAAGGCGUACCUCAUCCUGAAAGGAAAUACACGUUAAGAAAAAGACAAAGUGCUGCACUGGACACUACUACAUUUAUAUGUUACACAUGCGCGUUGGAAUACCCAUCUUCCAGCAUCAGAUUGUUGUAUUGUUGUCCGAAUGCAGAGAAGGAACCGUAUUUUCCUUUUAUACAAUCGUUGAAGGCGCCUCCUGGUGCAAGACCAGUUACACCUCAAGGUAUGGUUCAAGUUUGUUCCACCUGCUACAAAAGCAUUCCUCAAAAACAUCAGGUUUUUGGAGGUGAUCCUUCAGCACAACAGCAAACUCCAACAAACAAUCACGUGAGCGUGACUGAAGUGCAGUACGUCAACACCACUACUUCAAGGCCGAGUACUGUCAAAAGUCCUGCCAAUUCCGCAGGGUCGGAUAUUAGAUACAAACCCUACGAUAUCAGCCAAGCUAAUGUGGUGACUAGCAAAAAGAAACAAGCCGCUUUAGCUGAAAAUAGGAAUUCUAAGGCUGCUCUUGCCGCCAGAACCACCUCGCCAUUGGUCGACGUGAACGGCCACCCUAGUUCGCAGAGUUAUCGCUGUUACAUAUGCGCCGGUCUGUAUCCAUUAGAACAGAUGGAAUGGAUCAGCACGUCAUCGGAAGGGAUGAACUCCCAUGCCAUGCAUUUUCCCUGCCUGUCGAAGAUCGGUAGGACUUUAGAAAAUAGUUGUAUGGAUUCUCAUGGGCGAGUACUAAGUUGUACAAGAUGUGUCAAUCACUUAGCUCAACAAUGGGAAACGUUUGAAGCUGAUAGAGUUCCGUUAGAGAGAAGAAGGUAUGACGUACCUCUACCAGAAUCAUCGUUAAUGAAUGGGGAUAGGGGAAUUCCCACACCACCAAGUACAAACAGUGAAAGAACGGUUUGUAGCAAUACGACGACAGGUGGCAGCAGUAUAUACUGUUUCCUCUGUGGUUUACAUUCGGAGUUUACUUUGGCCAGGGUAGUUUACAGCAAACCUCAAGGAAGGAAUGCUCCGUAUUUUCCAGCCUUAUUGCGUCACAAAAGUCCUCCCAACGCCGAGCAACUGAGGGAAGACGGCAGCGCGCUUGUUUGUACGUUUUGUUACCAUAGUUUAGUGCACCAGUGGAGGAGGCACGAGACGCAGGGAAAUCACGCAGCUCCAGCGGACAGGCGGGACUACAACACUCAUGAUUAUUGUUGUUACGUCUGCGGAGUGACGACCUACAGAAAACGAAUCCGGGCACUUCUUAUUAAGGAUUUUCCAUUUUUGAGGUUUCAUCCCCAACCGGAAAAUUCGCUUCUUUUGGAAAACGGUGAUUAUGCUGUGGUCUGUCUGGAUUGCUAUGAGACCUUGAGGACGCAGUCGCUGGAGUACGAACGGUGGGGGCUGCCGCUGGACAAGCGCCAGUACAACUGGAUAACGCAGCCCCCGCCGCCCGAAGAUAGCCCCGAAGCGGGAAUCGCGCGCUUGCCCAGCGGUCAAAGAAGCGACAAAGUUGCACCCCCAACGUUCCUAGCCAAACCUACCAGAAAGAACCACUCACCGAAAAUUAUGGAGAGAAAAACCACAUCAAAGACUGAUCAGAACUCAGGCAUACCAAACAGUCCCAACAAACUACCUCCCGCCGUAUCGGCCUCGACCAAUGGCAGUCUGAGUGGGGGCGUAUCCGCGCCGCCCUCGGCGCCUACUACCAGCUCUAAGUUACGUUCCAGCCAUGGCCACGCCCCCUCCCUGGCGUCCGCCAGCCAAUAUAGUCACUCCUUCGCGGCGGCUUUACGAAACCUCGCUCAACAGAAUGUACCGGGGGCGGAGCCGAGUUUAGACACGCCCAACGUCCAUCGAACUAGAGAGUCAGCUUCCGUGCCAAUACCUGAAAAGAACAAGACAUCACUAGACGUUCCUACUUACCCCUCAAGUCGAUCUGCUAUCGACACCCGACUGAGUUCGAAUCCUGCAGAUAGAUACUCAUCAUCAACGUUAGCCGAGAUGAGUAGGAGCGGGUUCCAACCAUACAGACCCGAAGACCACAGGAUACCACCACCUGUGGCUGUAGGGUUGGACAUGACCGGUUAUUCACCUUACAGCGCCUAUCCUCUGCCAUUGAUUGAAGAACAACUAUACUACGAGAGGAUAUUGAGGCCGUCCUGGCCAACGAUAGGCCAUCCGUAUCUGCACUAUAUGUUACCAAGUGGACCUGCAAUGCCUUUGUAUAUGCACGAAAGGUUAAAAAUCGAAGAAGAACAAAGACAGAGGUACGCCGCGGUAGCUGCUGCUCGUUCGAAGGACGCCGAGUUGGAACGGGAAAUGCUGGAACGAGAACGGGAAAAAGAACGACUGGCGCGCGAAAAGGCAGCGGAGGCAGCCCGCAGGGUAUCGCCCCACACCACGGGGCCCGCGCCUCACCUGUUGGGGCUUCCUGUCAUGCACCCUUCGACUUCUGGCAUGCUCCCUCCUACAGGGCCUUUGAGUCUAACCUCGCCAUCAGCUAGACACUCUCCACUCAAUGCAGCUUCGAAUUAUUUGCCUCCUCAAAAUUAUCCUCAAGUACCCAGAUCCUCGCCGUCGUUACAACGCCACUCCCCCCACGUCUCCUCCUACGGCGGCCUGAACCUGUCCGGCUCAACCCGUCAGUCGGCCACCGUAAUUCAACCCUCCGGCCCACUAAUCAACGCCUCCUCUUCGGCCACGCCCCAACCACCGCCGGCCCACUCGCAACCACCCACGCCCAAACCGACGCCGCCUCCUCCCAAGGAAGAGGCGGGGUCCCAUGCGCCGCCCCUCUGCGCAGCCAGGAAGCUCCCAUUAACCCCCAAACAAACCAUUGUUCACGAUAAUACCAACUGGAAGAAACCCAACUCAGAUGUAACACCAUCGGAAGAACAACUCACAGAAAGCAAAUCAAAGUCAAAACACUAUGAUAUCAGUUUUCUAACUAAUACUAACGAAAGCGUAAUUAGAGAGACAGCGAGGCACAUACCUACAGACCAAUGCAUGAUCAAAGCAACACCAGAACUAGGUAAGAACAUGAUAAAUGCCAAAGAUACACCUAAAACGAUUGGAAACAACGAGGAAGUUUCUAGAAUAGACGAGAAAAAUACUAACAUCGAACCUCAAACGUUUGUUAAGGAAACUCAAGCAACCGAAAAUAAUAAACCUUUUGAAAACUUCGAACAAGACAUGGAGGCUUUUAAAAUCUACAAAAAUGGGACGGUCGUUCAUUCCGAUAUAAAAAAUCCUCCCAAAUACUUAAGAACGUUAAAAACUAACGGCAACACAAAAGAAGACAACUACAUCGAUAAGAUAUACGCUUGCGCAGACAAAGGCCUGGAAGUUAAGCACGCGCACACGCCAUUAAACAUAGGAAUUGAGGCGGAUUUUAAGGCGAAGCAGGCGGUGCUGCCAAUGCGUUCGCCUGACAAACCUAAUGUCAUGGAAAGGGUGGGAAUGAAGGCGGAAGUAAUCAGUACCAUCAUCGUUGAAAAAGCUCAUGAAGUCUCUGUUAUAUCUUGUGUUCCGCAAAGUGUUAUAACCUCAAUUCCCAAACAACCGACAACUUCAACCUUGGAAGUGCCUAAAGUACCAAUGCCAAAAGCACCACCCAAACAACGAAUCAAGAGAAAAUUUUUAGACGUUUCGACUACAUCGCAUUCCCCAGCUAAAAUUCAAAACACCUCUGCAGUACUCAAUAUUCCUACAUAUUGCGUAUCGAUUCCCAGCGUCAGACCACCAAAAAAGCCAAAAAUCAGCAAACUAGACUUGGCAACGUUGCGUCGGAAAGCUAAGCGCAUGCGGAAUCUGUGUAACGGACAUGAGUAUACUCAUACUGGAGCUCGGAUCUUGGGCGACGGACUAGAUAUCAUUGAUAGUUCAAGUAGUUCAGAAAGCGAAAGUGAAACGCCAUCUCGUAUCGAUUUGUUAAUUAAAUCAGGACCGCCUCUGAGGAAACCACCUUGCAGAAAACAGCUAGAUUUUUUAAGAAAACUAGAUUUGGCUACUCACAAAGACAAGAACAAUCUGGAAGUAGAGAAGAUUCAAAGAAGACAACAUUAUUAUAGCCCUCUUACGGUACAAAUCCAUACGAGCUCUGCAAGAAUAAGUCAUUUGGAUGUUCCUGUCCCAUUUGAGUCUCCAACAACUUUAAAUCACGAAUACGAUUUUAAAUUUAAAAAAAACUUUCUGAAUGUGCUUGGAUUGGGAUGGGUACCUACCAACAACAGAAGAGAAAUGGAAAAGGCUUGGCAAAAAGUCUUAUGCGACCGCCUAAAAAGACGUUGUGACUCUUCUUUGACAAAGUACUACCUAAAAUCAGAGCAAAAUAAACUUCACACGAAUGAACAACCCAAAGAACCUGAUAAAAUUUUGCCUAAAGUUGAAGACACCUACACUAAGUGCGACAGAGACGUUUUUAAAAUUCCUUUGACGCUCCAAUGGAAGAAAAACGACUCUAAAACUGAAAAACAUAAUCGUGGUCAGGAAAUUGAUCAAGAAAAUCUCGACGAUGAUUCUGAACAUGGAAAAUGGCCAGGUAUAAUGGAAAUCAUCGAAAUGUACUAUAAAUAUAGUAAAGAAAGGGUUCAAGAAAUCAACCAAUUGAAACAGCGAAAGUAUCUUACAAAAGACUUUUUGAGCAAGCAGCAACACGAACUGCGCUUGCUCGAGUCCAGACAAAAAGAGCUGCUCAGGCUACAGCAGCACAACAAACAAAAAACCAAAACGCUGGAACUGACCAUCGAUAAACUAACCAAUAUCAUCAACGCUAUUCGGUAGCAUUUAUACAUAGACAGGCCUACUACUACGGAGUGGAAAAAAGGAACUAGUCAAACAAACGGUAUUAUCACAAGGUUGGCGGGAUAUACAGGUCCUACAAUGGAUAUUUUCCAUUUUUGUUAAAAAAUUAUAUUAUUUAAAAUUGCUUUUUUGGAUGAAGUCUCUUAAACAUAUUUUAAAAAUCCCGCAUUAACAACUACAGAUGUUCUAAGUACUAAAGUUAUACAUUGUAUUGAACAGUAGUUCAAAUGUCCUAAAGACAUUGCAUCACAGAAUUGCGUAGCUAAAGGCUCUAGAUAUUAUAGAAUACCACAAUUGACUCAAUUUUGGUUGCAUUUAGAGGUGAGAAAUUCAAAAAUAAAGGCAUAUAUUUUUAUAAACCACAACCAAAAUACACUUGGCAAUGCUGAUGAAUUACAAGUGACAAAUAAAAAUCAUAAAAAGGUCUAUUAAACAUAAUAGCGCGCUCUGACGACUCGUGUAUUAUGUAUUUGACAAACAUUUGCUAUUGGUAAACAGGGUGUUGUACACAUCUAUACAGAAUUAGUUAAGUUAUCUAUCGCCGGACCCUGUAUAUCAAGAGUCCGCCUUAAUAUAUUAAAAUAACCACUUUUUUAUCUUUCUUUCACAAUCUCACUGUCUUCUUGUUGAUAUUAAAAAAAUAUCAAGCCGGUAUAGUGGCCCAAAUGAUAGCGAAGUUUGCCGCUUAUCUAGUAAACACUAGGAAAAUGAAUAUGGUUGAAUUUCCCCAGUAGCUUAGGGCACACAGGCAUAAUAGUUAACGUCUCCUUAUUGCUACCAGGGCUAAUCUGGACGGGGCCUACUUUAUUUACGCGGAAUCCUGUCCUCGGCCAUAUCAUGGUCAAUGGCCUACCGACUUGGGCGUGAAACUUUUACCGACGGAAAACAUUGCUUUUGACGAUAAGUUUAUAAUCUGUCUAAUCUGUGAUAUCACCAGGCAUCCGCGAUUUUGACUCCAUAGAAGACGAACCAAUUGCGGUACUCUAUAUAUUCCCUAUAUUACAGAGUCUUUAUGCUUAAAUACAGAAGCGACACGGGCAAUUUUUUUUGGAAUAUAUUUUAAGUGAGUUCAUUUGUGAUAUAUUUAAGCUAUAAUUUAAUGACGGUGGGUGUCAAAUUUUGUUUAAUAACUAUGAGCAGCUGUAACAUAAAAAAGCUAGUUUUUUAAGUGUAAAAACCAUUUCAAGUUAACAAAAAACUACUGUUUUGAAUUAGUAAAGACCCAUUAAAACUGUGUUUUCUGUUAAUAACCAUUGUAAAACUUUAAUUUAUUUCCUUAUAUUUCUAAAAUGAAUGUAGAAAUAAUUGCAGAAGUUUAUAUUGAAGGGAAGAAAAAUACCUAUCGUUCGUCUUUCAGUUUAUAUUAUUUAUAUUUUAUAUUAUAAUGCAAAAACUCUCAAAAAGGACAAACUUUAAUGCUCAUCACUUGUUAAUGUGUCCUCUUUUAUCCCCUGUAAUCAAUUUCAUUUUAUAUUGUAUUUUUUUUUGAAAUUUGUAUUCACUAAAUUUAGUAUAAAAUAUGACGGUUCAGUAAAAUAUGUCCCCGUAUUUAAAAUUAUUCUUUUAAUAAAAUCUUAGAUGUUUUUAGAGUUCUAGUGAGUUUAAAAACUGUCAAAAUAAACUACUUGGGACACAUUUCAAAGGAGCUGGCGCUGCUUACUGUUGCUUCUGUAUAACUAAGAUAUUCUUUGAUACAUUGUAUUGAACAAUAAUAUGUUCUAAAGACCAUUAUGGUGACGUCGCGUUCCCUAGCAACGGACAAUCGUCGCAAAAAAAUACUUUGUAGUUGGAUUUUAGAUGACGUCAGCAAAAUAGAAUUCUAUUUACUAUGAUCUCAGCCUAGGUUAUGGAAAAUCGUCUAUCACGAUUCCAAGCGAUUUUAACCGCAACGUGUUACCUAGUUCCUUUUUUGCCCGAAACUGAGCAUUUAUUUGAAUUUUUGUAAGAAUUUUUAUUUAACAAAAUGGGAGUGAGUAUGUUCAACAGUAUGGUAAGGAGUUACAGUUCAAAUUUGCAAAAAUAAACCAUGAAGUUAUCAUAUUAAUAAGAGAUAAACAAGUAAAUUAUUUAGUUUUAGUUAGGAUUUCAAAUUGUCUUAAAUUUAGUUAGGCGUAACAAAUUGAAAAAAUUACCCACAAAAGUAGUUUUUCGUUUUAAAUGUAAUUAAAUUAAGUUAUUUUUUUUUGUAAUACUACAAAAAUUGCAUAAACAUACGUGCUGUGAUGAAAAGAGUAAAAAAUCAACAAAAAAAUGUAUGCGUAAAAAAUGUUUUAUAUUUUUCAUUUGAUUUAGUAUUAUGUUACUUGAAAAAAAUAAGGAUCGAGAAAAAGUUGGAAUUUGUACGAUUCAAACCGAAUUUAAUGUUAAAUUCUUUUUGUAUUUGUUUAUGUUAAUUUACUACGGGUGUUUUAUUUUAAGGUAGGUGAGAGAGAGAGAGAGAGCGAGAGAGUGGUGUUCACUGAUUCUGUGAUAAAUACAAUUUUAGUAAUCUUGACGUAAACACUGUUUCUAGCAUGACAAACCUAAAAUGUACAUAACAAAUAA